UAUCCUCAUCUACUCAAUCAAUUAUUUGGGGCCUUCACCAUCUAAUCAAACCUGCAAGUUUUGCGCCUCAGAUCAAUUCAGUCAUUAUCCAGAGUCGAUUGUUUCUUGGAGUAACAAAUCCUGAGUAAAACGUUGCCAGUUAAGGACUUAGUACAAUAAUCAAGGUGGAGUUUUGCUAAUCUGAUAAAUGAAAGUUGUGCAGAGCUCUUUUUUGAGAUCAAGUUUGAGUAUGUAUAACAAGAGUAGUGGUAAUACAGAAGCUUCUGCAAAUGGCGGGCACUCAGAGUGGCGUUGGCCUGUUCCUUUUCUUUUUGGCGGCUUUGCAACUAUUGUGCUUCUCAUUGCCUUUGCAGUUCUUGUUCUCGCUCGCUCUUACUGCAAAGAGCAGCAACAAACACAAACUGGCCCAGACAUUAUUGCUUCAAAUGAGUUGGCAGAAAUAUCAGUGGGAGAUGAAGAACAGAAAGUGGUGGUGAUUAUGGCCGGAAAUGAAACUCCCACUUUCUUUGCAAAUCCUGCUUCUUCAAAUCUAAAUCUCUCCCAAGGAGUAUGAGUAGUCCCAUACGACUUUAGUUCAUCUGUAGAUCCGUAUAUAGAUGGUCGACAUAGCAGACUAUAAAAGACACUUUACUUUACUUUUUACUUUACUUUUUUCCACUAUAGUCCAUGAAUGCACAAUGUUUGGUUUUUCUUCUGUUGAAAUUUCCAUAUUUUUAGUUUCACUGCUUACCCACUUCUGUUUCUGACCAAAGAAAGUAAAUAAACAGUGAUAAAAUUGAUAUGUAUUAAGUUUUUUCUUUUGCAUAUAAGUUGAGCUGUGAUUCUCCUGUGAAUGCUGCAGACAUGAAGAGUGUUAUGAGCACAUAUGGGAACACUAAUCUCUGUGAUGUAGCCUCUGAAUAUGAGAGUAUAAAUAAUGGCAAUUGUUAAUAAAGAUAAGGCUGAUUGCUGUAAUACCAUUGAUAAGUAUAUUGUUUUC